GCCACUCCUCACAUCCGCCCGCAAGCACAAGAGGCCAAUUGUGCUCUUUGCGUCCUCCUGCGCUGCCCAUCGACCGGCUUGUUCUGCGAAUCCGCGCCUGCUGAAGACACUUUUCGGGCGCCAUUGCGGCCACGUCUCCCACCUCCUUGCGCCGACGCCAGGACCGCCAUCCUCACCACCAGCCCGUACUUUUCCUUCUGAUGCACCUUUUAUAGACGGCCCAAUACUGGCAACCGCGGUUCGCCUUGUUUCUUAGUCCAGCCGCCAACAUGUCCCGCUCCUUCCGACGCUCCAAUCCCAUCACCAUCGUGCUCGCUGCGAUCCUGUGCAUAGGCUUCUUCGUCUUCUUCUUCUCCGGCGGCGAUGCGCCUGUCAUCGGUAAGAAGGGCUCCGGGGAGACCGCGACGAAUCCGCUAUCGCCUCCGUCGCUGCCUUUCCGAAAAUCGAAAGCAAAUGCACCCCAAGCAGCCCCGCCCGUUGUACACUACUACAUGAACAAUCUGACAACUUCGAAAACCCCGAUCGAGAACGAGGAAACCGUUCUGAUCCUGACGCCCAUGGCACGAUUCUACCAAGAGUACUGGGACAACCUGGCGAAGCUCACCUACCCUCAUGGCCUCAUCUCCCUGGGUUUCAUAAUACCAAAGACGAAGGAAGGCAAUGCCGCGUACGCAGCGCUGCAGACCCAAGUCGCAAAGACGCAAUCGGGACCAAAGGGCAAGCGCUUUGCCGCUGUGACGAUCCUCCGCCAGGAUACCGAGAACCCGCUACACAGCCAGGUUGAGUCUGAGCGACACAAGAUGGAGAACCAGAAAUCGCGGCGCGCGGCUAUGGCCAAGGCACGCAACUCGCUGCUCUUCACAACCAUGGGGCCCACUACGUCCUGGGUACUCUGGAUGGAUGCUGACAUUGUGGAGACUCCACCGUCCCUCAUCCAGGAUCUUGCCGAGCACGACGUCCCCAUCAUCGUGCCCAACUGCUUCCAGAGAUACUACAACGAAGAGAAGAAGGCCAACGACAUCCGCGAAUACGACUUCAACAACUGGAUCGACAGCCCGACUGCGCAGGAACUGGGGGCCAAAAUGGGCAAGGACGACAUCCUGCUCGAGGGUUAUGCCGAGAUGCCCACAUACCGCAGCUUGAUGGCGAAGAUGUACGACCCUUCUGCAGACAAGAUGGCGAAGACUAAGCUCGAUGGCGUGGGCGGUGCAACACUGCUCGUGAAGGCUGAGGUCCACCGGGACGGCGCCAUGUUCCCACCGUUCGCCUUCUAUCACCUCAUUGAGACGGAGGGAUUCGCCAAGAUGGCUGCGCGAUUGAACUGGGAGAGCUGGGGUCUGCCAAACUAUCUUGUUUUCCACUACAACGAGUGA